CAAUUAAUACAUACGUGUUUGUAUAGUUGCCAAACAAAACUGAAAAAAAGAUAUGGGUCUCGAUAGUAAGUCUUCUUCAACGAUCCAACCAGAUUACGAUCGUAAUGCUGAACUAACAGCAUUCGACGAAACCAAAACCGGUGUCAAAGGACUUGUCGAUGCCGGGUUCACGGAGGUCCCUCGCAUAUUCCACUUACCUACACCCGAAAACCUCAACUACUCAUCCGAACAACAUUCAGCACCAACUCUUCCAACUAUCGACUUGAAAGGAAUCGAUGAUGAAGACCCGAUAAGGCGGAAGCAGGUGAUCGAGAAAGUGAAGGAUGCAUUGGAGAGCUGGGGAUUCUUUCAGAUCGUGAAUCAUGGAAUCCCGGAGAGUGUUUUGGAGGGAAUGAAGGAAGGUGUUUUAAGGUUUUUUGAGCAAGAUAGUGAGGUGAAGAAAGAGUGGUACACGAGGGAUUUGAAACGUAGGCUGGUCUACAACAGCAAUUUCGACUUGUACUCUGCCCCGGUCACGAAUUGGCGAGACACUUUCUACUGCACCAUGGCUCCUGUCCCUCCUCAUCCGAACGAGUUGCCUCCUCCUUGCAGAGAUAUUUUACUAGAGUACUCAAAGCAAGUGAUGAAAAUGGGGAUCUGUUUAUUGGAAUUGAUAGCGGAGGCUCUUGGGCUCGAUCCUAAUCACCUAUUAGACAUGGGUUGUGCGGAAGGGCUUGCUGUUCUUGGUCAUUACUAUCCUUCUUGCCCACAACCUGAGUUAGCAAUAGGCACCACUAGCCAUAACGACAACGAUUUCAUCACGAUUCUUUUACAGGAUCAUAUUGGUGGUCUCAAGGUAUUUUAUCAAGACCAGUGGAUUGAUGUUCCCCCUAUCCCUGGAGCUUUAGUAGUGAACGCCGGAGAUCUCCUGCAGCUGAUUACAAAUGACAAGUUUGUGAGUUCACAACACAAAGUGGUGGCAAACAAGGUUGGCCCGAGAAUAUCAGUGGCUUCUUUCUUUACCACGGGCAUGGUUCAAACCUCAAAGGUGUUUGAACCGAUUAAGGAAUUGCUUUCGGAAGAUAAUCCAGCCAAAUAUAGAGGCACAACGGUGAAAGAAUAUUUAGAACACUUCUUUAGGAAGGGGCUUGAUGGUACUUCUGCUCUAAAUCAUUUCAUGAUAUGAUUUGUGUAGAUUUCUACCAUUAAUUCGAGAUUGAUGCUAAGAUUUUUAUGUCUAAAGACAUGGUAAUGUAAUUCUAUAUUCACGCACUUUACCAAGUUGUUUUGGUGGUUAUAUAUACUAUAUAUAUACAAUUAACUUCCAACA